GCGCAGGCGGCGGGAGGGGCGGGACCAAGCCGGCUGUGCACGCAUACGGCUAGUUUGGAGAGCAGUCCAAGAUGGCGGCGGUCGCUCUCCGGGCUACGCUGCGGAGCUGGAAAACCGGCGUCCAGUCGGGCUACGGGCUGCGACGGCAGAGCCAGACCCAGCAGCCUCCUGAUUACCCCAAUUUUGUGGAGUCAGUGGAUGAAUACAAGUUUGUGGAGCGCCUGUUACCCCCCACCAGCAUCCCAAAGCCCUCAAAGCAUGAACAUUAUCCCACCCCAAGUGGCUGGCAGCCUCCUAGAGACCCCCCACCCAAGCUGUCCUACUUUGUGCGGCGCUCUCGGAUGCACAACAUCCCCGUCUACAAGGACAUCACACAUGGCAACCGCCAGAUGACUGUGAUCCGGAAGGUGGAGGGAGACAUUUGGGCCCUGCAGAAGGAUGUGGAAGAGUUUCUGAGCCCACUGCUGGGGAAGACACCUAUCACCCAAGUCAAUGAGGUGACACGUACCUUGCGGGUCAAGGGCUACUUUGACCAGCAGCUCAAAGCCUGGCUCCUGGAGAAGGGCUUCUGAGAACCAGCUGAGAAGCCUGCAUGACAGCCUUCCCCCCAGACUGGAAUCCAGGGGACUUGAAGGAGAGGCGAAUUGGGUGUUGAAGCCCCUGGGACAGGGUAUAGAGACAUCAGGGCCAAGAGCUUGGGCAGGGCAGAGUGCAGGCCUAACCGGCUUCAGGAUGAGGCCUUAUGUAACAAGAAAACGAGGCAUUGUGCACUAGUGUCAGCACUGGAAGAGAAACACCAAGCUAGGGGAGAGCAUUGGCUUUGUCCCUCUUCUUUCCUUUCAUUGCAGCUCCAUGGCUUGGCCACUCAAAUCCAGGGGUUGUUGUCCAAUGGAAGUCAUAAAGCCAGUUUAGGAGAGCGUAGCACCUCAUAGGCACAUUCCUUCUCUGAUCUUUGGAGUUCACUGCUACCAACAUUUCCAAGCCUUACCUUGAGGCAGACCUGGCUUUGAGGCUAUGGAGAACAGGCCUUUGGUCCUAGAGGUCUUAAAAGUUCAAGUGCAGUGCUGGGCUCAGAACAUAGGGUCCAUGUCACUGGGCUCUUUCUACCUGAUGGAGGGGUAGGAGGCCCAGUUCAAGGCCUCAGUCUGUUCUAGGCCAGAGUUGAGCCUGACUGGGUUCCCAGCCCCAGGUGGUUUAAUAUGAUUAGUUUUGAUUGGCCUGACCACAAGGGGGUGCCAAGGAGCUCCUUGUAGCCUAGCACAGGACCAUCCUCAGCCACCUGCUGACCUGAUGGGGUUUGUGGGCAGGAAAACACUGGCCUUUGGCUCCUGCCUCUAGCCAACUAGCCUUCACACUUGCACCAUCCUUGGAGUCACAGGAACCCAAGGCCUGAGUUCCCACCUCAGCCUCAAACUGGCUAAGAUAGCACUCAGGUCCUGGCUCCCACACUUGGUCUCUGAUCUAAAGCAGGGUACUUACUGACUCUCUGGGAGAAAUUUCCAUAUGUAAAAUGGUAUAUCCUAAUUGUCAACAGUGUCCCUGUGCUGGUUACAUGUAAGCCCUCACUCCAGGAGAUCCUAAGGCCAUUUCCUUUUCAAGCCUUUGGCCUCAGGAAGGGAAGUGACCUUUGACACACUGAUCCUUAGGACACAAGUCCCCACAAUCAUAAUGCAAGUUUUUAUUUGGCUGUAUAUACAAUUUAAGCUAUUAAAAUUUGUACAAUAUUUACAAAUUAAAUAAUCAUCUGAAACUGUC